GCGGCCUGGGGAGGCGGCGGCCUGGCUCGGCCUGGCGUGGCCUGUCAGGGCGCGGGCGGCGGCUGCUCCAGCACCAUGUCCCUGCAGUACGGGGCGGAGGAGACGCCCCUCGCCGGCAGUUACGGCCCGGCGGACUCAUUCCCAAAGGACUUCGGCUACGGCGUGGAGGAGGAAGAAGAGGAGGCGGCAGCGGCGGGCGGCGGGGUUGGGGCGGGGGCCGGCGGAGGCUGUGGCCCGGGGGGCGCUGACAGCUCCAAGCCUAGGAUUCUGCUCAUGGGGCUCAGGCGCAGCGGCAAGUCCUCCAUCCAGAAGGUGGUGUUUCAUAAAAUGUCACCCAACGAGACCCUCUUUUUGGAAAGUACCAACAAGAUUUACAAAGAUGACAUUUCAAAUAGCUCCUUUGUGAAUUUCCAAAUAUGGGAUUUUCCUGGGCAAAUGGACUUUUUCGACCCUACUUUUGACUACGAGAUGAUCUUCAGGGGAACAGGAGCUUUGAUAUAUGUCAUUGAUGCACAGGAUGACUACAUGGAGGCUUUAACAAGACUUCACAUUACUGUUUCUAAAGCCUACAAAGUUAACCCAGACAUGAAUUUUGAGGUUUUUAUUCACAAAGUUGAUGGUCUGUCUGAUGAUCACAAAAUAGAAACACAGAGGGACAUUCAUCAAAGGGCCAAUGAUGACCUUGCAGAUGCUGGGCUAGAAAAACUCCACCUUAGCUUUUAUUUGACUAGUAUCUAUGACCAUUCAAUAUUUGAAGCCUUUAGUAAGGUGGUGCAGAAACUUAUCCCACAACUACCGACCUUGGAAAAUCUAUUAAAUAUCUUUAUAUCAAAUUCAGGUAUUGAAAAAGCUUUUCUCUUCGAUGUUGUCAGCAAAAUCUACAUUGCUACAGACAGUUCUCCUGUGGAUAUGCAGUCAUAUGAACUUUGCUGUGACAUGAUUGAUGUUGUAAUUGAUGUGUCUUGUAUAUAUGGGUUAAAGGAAGAUGGAAGUGGAAGUGCUUACGACAAAGAAUCUAUGGCCAUCAUCAAGCUGAAUAACACAACGGUCCUGUAUUUAAAGGAGGUGACUAAAUUUUUGGCACUGGUCUGCAUCCUUAGGGAAGAAAGUUUUGAACGAAAAGGUUUAAUAGACUACAACUUCCAUUGUUUCCGAAAAGCUAUUCAUGAGGUUUUUGAGGUGGGUGUGACUUCUCACAGGAGCUGUGGUCACCAGACCAGUGCCCCCAGCCUGAAAGCGUUGACACACAACGGCACGCCGCGAAAUGCCAUCUAGCCUGAAUGCCGGUGGUCGGGGUCUGUGCCAGCUUAUUCCUCACUCCAGGGUCAGAUGCCAUGUGCUACAGGACGUGCAAGUUGCCGCUCGGGGGAGUCUGGUGCCUGUUGCACUAGAGACAAGGGGUAGAGUUUCUCAUUUGGAUGAAAACCCCUUCAACCAGUGGUGUGCAACUGAAGCUACUAUUUCUUUUUUUAAAAAAAAUGGCAAAAAAGAAUUCUAUAGACCACAGACCUCAAGUGUCUUUCUCCUCUUGGGGGUCCUACUUUAAGUAGUUGGGAUAUUUUGGACCUGGAGAUAACAUCACUUACCCAUCCUUACCAGAGAAUGUUGCUGUCAAUUACCAGUUGAAAAUAAUAGAAAGAACUGAGUUUUUAUAUGCUUCGCUUAGAUUUUCAUUUGAGUAGUCUCUGAAAAUCCUGCCUUGCUUAAGUUCUAACACUGCCUCUCAGAUUUCAAUUUUGGACCUUGCACACCUCAGACCUUCUAAAUGCAUUUGCUUGCUAACUCAGAAGACACAUGGUCUGACUGCAGCAAAGGACAUUUCUGUAUUUGUUUCUGAGGAAAUGAGAAAAUUUUAUGCUGCAUCAAGUCAAGAGCAAGGCUCAACAGUGGCCGCUGCAUUAGUUCCCUCGGAAGUGUUGAAGAACAAACUUUAAAACAGAAGAAAAUUUUUGCACCUGUGUUUUGGGUACCAGAUAUCUGGGUUCUUGCUCCCACGUUAGAUAAAUGAUUCUGAUCACUGUAACAAAGGGAAUUAAAAAAAAUUUUGUUUUCCCCGCAAUCUCCUCCUCUUAGGAGGGAAAUGCAUUAUGUCACUGAAUUAUGUAGCUCACUUUUCUUUAAACUUGAUACCAGCCCCCACAUUCCUUUUAUUCUAAGCUAUCGAGAUCCUUUAAGAAUUGCUGUUUUGUUGACCCUGAAUGACCCUCAGGCGCUGGUGGACUGUCCACUGGGACUGAGGAGAGCACAUUGGCACCACGACGUGUCGUUAAACAUACUUCGUCUUCAGUAUUCUGAUGCCAAGUGUCAACUGUGGUACUUUCUUCACCUAGGAUAUUAAUUCAUAAUUGUUUCUUUUUGUUGAAGGUUGAUACCCUUUUCCAUCGACUUAAACUUACACGUUAUUUUUACUCCACAUGCCCAGUAGUCAUGUAUUCCAAAGCCACUGGACCACUUGAGUACAUAAGUGCCACUGUUUAAUGAAAUAUGUAUAUUCAGGUCUGUAAACCUAACAGUGUGACUUGGAGUGCUUCCUGCAGACGAUUCUGACUGUUGAGUAUUUACAUGGACCAUGGUGAUAUCCAAAAAAAAAAAAAAUGCUUUUAUAUUUAUAGAUUAUUUCAUUGAACUAUAUAAAAUGGGUAUCAAUAAAUGUAUUUACUCCAGAAUAA